AUGGGCCUAAACGAGGACUUCGACGACCGACAUAUUCAAACCGAAGCCGAGCAACAACCAUACAUACCUUAUGAGUAUCAGACUGAGAACAAUGACUCGUGGGCUGGUGCCUUGCCGGUGAAGCAGGGUCUCUAUGACCCUUCUUAUGAGAAGGAUGCUUGCGGUGUCGGCUUUGCUUGCCACAUCAAGGGCAAGCCUAGCCACAAGAUUGUCAGCGAUGCCCGUAACCUGCUCUGCAACAUGACCCACCGUGGUGCCGUGGGAUCUGAUGCACGAGAUGGUGAUGGUGCUGGUGUCAUGACAUCCAUCCCCCACCGGUUCUUCAUCAAGAACUUUGAGAAGGAGGAGGACAUUAAACUGCCUCCCCUGGGCCAGUACGCCGUGGGAAACCUGUUUUUUAAGCCCGACGAGGAGACUCUUCAAGAGUCCAAGAGGCAGCUGGAAGAUGUUGCCGAGUCGCUGGGCCUCCGAGUCCUAGGAUGGCGAAGGCCUCCUGUCGACUCGACUCUUCUAGGACCUGCCGCCAAAUCGCGUGAGCCCAUCAUCGCUCAGCCUUUUGUUGUCCUGGCCUCUGCCUACGGUACUGGAAAUGCUCCUGAGAUGACCGACCCUGAGAAGUUUGACGAACGCUUGUUUGAGAGACAGCUGUACAUCCUUCGAAAGCGUGCCACUCAGAGCAUUGGCCUUCACAACUGGUUCUACCUCUGCUCCCUUUCAAACAAGAACAUUGUUUACAAGGGUCAGCUCGCUCCCGUCCAGGUUUACUCUUACUAUCAUGAUCUUGUCAACGCUGAUUACGAGGCUCACUUUGCUCUGGUGCACUCUCGUUUCUCUACAAACACAUUCCCCUCAUGGGACCGUGCUCAGCCUCUCCGAUGGGCUGCCCACAACGGUGAAAUUAACACACUACGAGGAAACAAGAACUGGAUGCGCGCCCGUGAGGGUGUGAUGCAGUCUGAUAUCUUCAAGGAGGAGCUUGAGCAGAUGUACCCUGUUGUCGAGGAUGGUGGUUCCGAUUCUGCUGCUUUCGAUAACGUUCUCGAGCUUCUUACCAUCAACGGUGUUCUCUCUCUUCCCGAAGCUGUUAUGCUCAUGGUUCCUGAGGCUUGGCAAGGCAACCAGCACAUGGACCCCAAGAAGGCUGCAUUCUACGAGUGGGCUGCUUGCCAGAUGGAGCCUUGGGAUGGCCCUGCUCUGUUCACAUUCGCUGAUGGCCGAUACUGCGGUGCCAACCUUGACCGAAAUGGUCUCCGACCUUGCCGUUUCUACGUGAUGGACGAUGACCGUAUCAUCUGUGCUUCCGAGGUCGGAACUAUCCCCGUCGAGCCCGAGACCGUCAUCCAGAAGGGUCGUCUUCAGCCCGGCCGUAUGUUGUUGGUCGAUACACAGGCUGGUCGUAUCAUUGAUGACAAGGAAUUGAAGGAGGCUGUCUCGAGUCGAUAUGAUUUCCGAGCCUGGCUCGAUAGUGAAUUGAUUACUCUGCCCAAGGUCGUUGAGAUCAUGGAGCAGGCCCUGGACCUUGCACCCAAGCUUGAUGACAAGGCUAUCCAGGCUGACCCCCUUCUCCUCUCUUACGGUUAUACCCACGAGCAGGUUUCCUUGCUGCUCGCUCCUAUGGCCGCUGAUGAGAAGGAAGCUCUUGGUUCCAUGGGUAACGAUGCUCCCCUUGCCUGCUUGACCCAGGCUCCUCGUCUCCUCUAUGAUUACUUCCGACAACUCUUCGCUCAGGUCACUAACCCUCCCAUUGAUCCUAUCCGAGAGUCCAUUGUCAUGUCUCUUGAGUGUUAUGUUGGUCCCCAGGGUAACCUGCUGGAGAUGGACGCUUCCCAGUGUGGUCGUCUGCUGCUUCCCAGCCCCAUCCUCUCCAUCGAGGAGUUUAAUGCCGUCAAGAACAUGUCCAACAAGUACUCUGAGUGGACUGUCAAGACUAUUGAUCUGACCUUCCCCAAGAACCAAGGUAUCCAGGGCUAUAUCAAGCACCUCGAUGAGAUCUGUAACGAGGCCUCCGCCGCCAUCGAGUCUCGCGACCGUGUCAUUGUCCUUUCCGACCGCAAUACCUCGGCUGACCGCGUGCCUGUUUCCGCUGUCCUCGCUUCUGCUAUGGUUCACCAUCACCUUGUCAGCAACAAGUGGCGAUCCAUGGUUGCUCUUGUUGUCGAGACUGCUGAGGCUCGUGAGGUUCACCACAUGUGUGUCCUCCUCGGUUACGGUGCUGAUGCCAUCAACCCUUACCUUGCCAUGGAGUGCAUUCUCAAGCUGAACCGCGAGGGUCUCAUCAAGAAGAAGACUACCAACGAGACUCUUAUCCGUAACUACAAACACUCCUGCGACGGUGGUAUUCUCAAGGUUAUGAGCAAGAUGGGUAUUUCUACUCUUGCCUCUUACAAGGGUGCCCAGAUCUUCGAAAUUCUGGGUCUUGAUGAGACAGUUGUUGAGCGAUGCUUCAGGGGUACUGCUUCUCGUAUCCAGGGUAUGACUUUCGAGCUCAUUGCUGAGGAGGCUUUCCGAUUCCAUGAGCGUGGUUUCCCCACCCGCGAGACUAUCCUCCCCUCUGGUCUUCCCGAGUCUGGCGAGUACCACUGGCGAGAUGGUGGUGAGCCCCACGUCAACGACCCUACCUCGAUUGCCAACAUCCAGGACGCCGUUCGCACCAAGAACGACAAGUCCUACGAGGCCUACUCCCGCUCCGAAUAUGAGCAGAUCAAGAACUGUACCCUCCGUGGUCUUCUUGACUUCAAGUUUGAGGACUGCACUCCUGUUCCCAUCGACCAGGUCGAGCCUUGGACUGACAUCGUCCGACGCUUCUGCACUGGCGCCAUGUCUUACGGUUCCAUCUCCAUGGAGUCUCACUCUACUCUUGCCGUUGCCAUGAACCGUCUUGGUGGCAAGUCCAACACUGGUGAGGGUGGUGAGGAUCCCGAGCGAUCUCAGCGUAUGCCUAACGGUGACACCAUGCGUUCUGCUAUCAAGCAGGUCGCUUCUGGUCGUUUCGGUGUCACCUCUGCCUACCUUGCUGACUCGGACGAGCUUCAGAUCAAGAUGGCCCAGGGUGCCAAGCCUGGUGAGGGUGGUGAGCUUCCUGGCCACAAGGUGUCCAAGUCUAUUGCUCGCACCCGUCACUCCACCCCUGGUGUCGGUCUUAUCUCGCCUCCUCCUCACCACGACAUUUACUCCAUCGAGGAUCUCAAGCAGCUGAUCUACGAUCUUAAGUGCUCUAGCCCUCGAUCCCGAGUCUCCGUCAAGCUUGUGUCUGAGGUCGGUGUCGGUAUCGUCGCCUCUGGUGUCGCCAAGGCCAAGGCCGAUCACAUCCUGAUCUCUGGUCACGAUGGUGGUACUGGUGCCUCUCGAUGGACUGGUAUCAAGUACGCCGGUCUUCCUUGGGAGUUGGGUCUGGCUGAGACUCAUCAGACUCUGGUUCUCAACGAUCUUCGUGGCCGUGUCGUUGUCCAGACUGAUGGUCAGCUCAAGACCGGUCGUGACGUUGCACUGGCUUGUCUGUUAGGUGCUGAGGAAUGGGGCUUUGCCACCGCUCCUCUCAUCGCUAUGGGCUGUGUCUUUAUGAGAAAGUGCCUCGAAAUUAGCACUAUGGUUAGGACAUCCCAAGGACCUAAGCCUAUCUCUGCUAUCAACAUUGGGGACACACUAUAUGAUCCCAAUGAUAACCCUGUCCUAUGUCUUGCCGUGGCUCCUGUUCAACAAGGUCGUUUGAAGGAGAUACGCUAUAAAGAGUUCGAUUCACGACGCAACGUGUCUUUCAAGUGUACGCCUGAUCACAUAUUGCCCCUUCGAACCUAUGGCACCAGGCCUUCGGUCAGCAAGAUCAGUGUGACUUGGUUCACGUAUUGUGAUAGACACUCCCUUGAUCGCCAGGCGGACAAUCUUCGCUUUGAAGAUUUGGUUGACACUAUCUACAGAGACUUGAUGGAUAGUCAUGAAGUUGAGAUUCCUGGACAAGCCGCGGCCCAUGGGUAUAUCGAUACUAUUCUAACACGACACUACCACCAAGGACAAGACGAUCGUUACUCGAACAAGAUCGUUGAAGUUCUUUCUCGAUUGGCCAACCAUGAACUUGAAAACAAUCCAGACCUGGUUCGUGAGGCUAUGCACGAUGCUGUAGAUCUGUACUUUGAAAAUCCUCCCAAUCUCGUGGACGAUGCAGAGUACGAUGAUGAUGCCCCUACCAUCGAUCUUGGCCCUGACUUUGUGGCUCUUCGAGACGCUACCCUGGCAAGUACAACUGCUGGCAGUACUUAUCGCCGCACACCUUCGUUGAAUCAGCCAGACUCACAGUCAUCUCGCCAAUCUCAGCAAACCCAGCGGGACUCUCAACAGUCUGGAGGCAUACCUCAAGGCUCUGGCGGUAUAUCUAGACAAGUAUCGUUGAAUACCCAAGCAUCCAGCUCCUCGUUCGUGGAUUCUUCGGCCAUAGCUCUAUCUGAAGAGGCCAUUCAACGAUUCAAUCGGGUAAAGACAUCUAUCAACCGUAAGCCUUGUCCAUGUGGUGGUAUUCGCAAGAUCUAUCGCCAGUUUGCCUCUGAAGAACAAGCCCAGCUUGUUCAGUCUCUACUACUCAGUCAACAUGCUCAUAUGGUAGACCCAUAUGUUGUUCGAGAUGGAGAUGAGAUCAAUGUUUCUGUCGAGACAUUUGAGGGCUUCUGCAAUAAAGAAGCUAAACGGAUGCACCUCAAGCUGCAUCGUGCUCCAUUGACCUUUGUCCCGGCUCCUAGUGGACAAGAUCAAGCAACAGAUGAAGCUCUACCAAUCGACCCAUACUUCCUUGGUUUAUGGCUUGGUGAUGGUGGAGCUGAGGGUCCUUUUAUCUAUGGCAGUGACCAUGAGACUCGUGUUUGGCUAUCCAGCUAUGUUGAUCGUUUGAAUAAUGGCAGACCAGCUGGUACUAGGCCAUUGAAACUUAGAGAGUAUCGAACGCAGCAAGCUAGUGACUCUCUGCGUAACUCUAACUAUAGGGCUAGAGUUGAUGUCUUCCGUUGGGCCAUUACUUCAGAGUUACAUGCACCUGGCCGGCCAUGGAGUCCCAUUCGAGAAGGCUUACAAAACCUUGGGCUUCUCAACAACAAGAGCGCUGGUAUCCCAGACUGCUACCUCCAGGCCAGCAAGCAAGCACGCCUGGCAGUCCUGGCAGGUCUUAUAGACGCUGAUGGUUGCUAUGUCAAGUCUCAUAAUACCUACCGGUUUAUCCAGCACGGUGCAGGACACAGGAAGAUCGUCGAAGAUGCUAAGACUUUGGCUCUUAGCUGUGGCAUUUCAGUGACAGGUGUUGACACGUCGACACCUCUCAACCAGUGGAACAACAGGCAUGGGCCAAGCGUCCAGUACGUGAUCUAUCUAGGUAAAGGUUCAAACGAGUUCCAGAACCACCUGUUGAUCCCACGCAAGAGAAUGAACCCAGCAAAGACAUUCUAUACGCACGAUGCACGACCUUUUACUGUCUCGGACGUCGAGGAUGGUCAGUACAGAGGAAUCCAGGUUUCUGGAGGGCUAUUCCAGCUCCAGAACCGCCUCGUUACUCACAAUUGCCACCUGAACACUUGCCCUGUUGGUAUCGCUACCCAGGAUCCUGAGCUUCGCAAGAAGUUCACCGGAACUCCCGAGCACGUCAUCAAUUUCUUCUACUAUGUUGCCAACGAGCUCCGGGCUAUCAUGGCCCAGCUUGGUUUCCGAACCAUCAACGAGAUGGUUGGCCAUGUCGAAGUCCUCAAGAUGCGUGAUGACCUUCGAACCCACAAGACAGCCAACAUUGACCUGUCUCUCCUCCUGACACCCGCACACAAGCUCCGACCCGGUGUUGCCACCUUCAACGUCCGAAAGCAGGACCACAAGCUCCACGUUCGACUCGAUAACAAGCUUAUCUCCGAGUCUGAGUUGACUCUCGACAAGGGUCUCCCCUCCAGAAUCGAGUGUGACAUCGUCAACACUGACCGAGCAAUGGGUACUUCACUUUCUUACCACAUCUCCAAGCGAUACGGCGAGGCUGGACUGCCUAUGGACACUGUCCAUGUUAAUAUCAAGGGCUCCGCUGGUCAGUCCUUCGGUGCUUUCCUUGCCCCUGGUGUCACCCUUGAGCUUGAGGGUGAUGCCAACGAUUAUGUUGGCAAAGGCUUGUCUGGUGGUCGUCUGAUCAUCUAUCCUCCCCGCUCCGCUGUCUUCAAGUCGGAAGAGAACAUUCUCAUUGGUAACACUUGCUUGUACGGUGCUACUACUGGUACUUGCUUCUUCCGUGGUGUUGCUGCCGAGCGUUUUGCUGUCCGAAACUCCGGUGCUACCGCCGUCGUUGAAGGUGUCGGUGACCACGGUUGUGAGUACAUGACUGGUGGUCGCGUUGUUGUUCUUGGAUCUACUGGUCGCAACUUUGCUGCUGGUAUGUCUGGUGGUAUUGCCUACAUCUUGGAUGUUCACGGUGAUUUCCACUCCAAGCUCAACGGCGAGAUGGUUGAGACCAGUGGACUUGAGGACCCUGCUGAGAUUGCUUUCGUUCGCGGUCUCAUUGAGGAUCAUCACCACUACACUGGUUCCGAGCGCGCAGCUCGCAUCCUGGUUGACUUUAACCGAGCUCUUCCUCGUUUCAUCAAGAUUCUUCCUGUCGAUUACAAGCGUGUCCUGGAGGAAGAGGCUGCCAAGGCUGCUGAAGCCAAGCGUGCCGAGUACAACCUUCCUGCUGUCUCUGGCGUCCAGCACAAGAAGUCGGAGAAGGUUGCCAAACUCCAGGAUCUCGAGGAGGCUGUUGGUGACAACGCUGCCGAGAAGAAGCGUGCCCUUGUUCUCGACAAGACUCGAGGUUUCAAGAUGUACAAGCGCCGCCAGGAGAAAUACCGCCCUGUCAAUUCUCGUCUCAAGGAUUGGGCUGAGCUGAGCUCUCGUCUGGACGAGGACGAGCUUAAAUACCAGUCAGCUCGCUGCAUGGACUGCGGUGUGCCAUUCUGUCAGUCCGAGACUGGCUGCCCUAUCUCCAACAUUAUCCCCAAAUGGAACGAAUUGGUGUUCCAAAAUCAGUGGAAGGAUGCUCUCAACCGUCUCCUGAUGACCAACAACUUCCCGGAGUUCACUGGUCGUGUUUGCCCGGCUCCUUGCGAGGGUGCUUGUGUCUUGGGUAUCAAUGAGGACCCUGUCGGUAUCAAGUCUAUUGAGUGCGCUAUCAUUGACCGUGGUUUCGAGAUGGGAUGGAUGGUUCCUCAGCCUCCCAAGGUCCGAACUGGCAAGACUGUCGCGAUCAUUGGAUCUGGUCCUGCUGGUCUGGCCGCUGCUGAUCAGCUCAACCGUGCCGGUCACCUCGUUACUGUUUACGAGCGAGCCGACCGUCUCGGAGGUCUCCUCAUGUACGGUAUUCCCAACAUGAAGCUUGACAAGCGUAUUGUCAAGCGUCGUACCGACUUCAUGGCCUCUGAGGGUAUCAUCUUCAAGACUGGCGUUGCUGUUGGCGAGGAAGGCCACCCUUCUCUCAACGACCUCCGAGCCAGCAACAGCGCCGUCGUCAUUGCAACUGGUGCUACUGUUGCCCGCGACCUUCCUAUCAAGGGACGUCAGCUCGAUGGUAUUCACUACGCUAUGGAGUUCCUCCACAAGAACACCAAGUCUCUCCUUGACUCCGAGCUUGCGGACAACACCUACAUCUCCGCCAAGGGCAAGGACGUCGUCGUCAUUGGCGGCGGUGACACUGGUAACGAUUGUAUUGGUACUUCUCUCCGUCACGGUGCCAAAUCCGUCACCAACUUCGAGCUUCUGCCUCAGCCACCUCCUGAGCGUGCUAACGACAACCCUUGGCCUCAGUGGCCUCGUAUCUACCGUGUUGAUUACGGUCACACCGAGGUUCGCCAGCACACUGGCAAGGAUCCUCGUGAGUACUGCAUCAUGUCUGAGGAGUUUAUGGAUGAUGGCUCUGGCAAGGUCAAGGGCAUCAACACCAUCCGCGUGGAGUGGACCAAGUCCCCUAGCGGCGGCUGGGACAUGAAGAAGGUUGAGGGCUCUCAGCAGUUCUUCCCUGCCGACCUCGUCCUCCUUGCCAUGGGUUUCCUUGGACCUGAGGCUCGUGUUCUUGGUGACGAGAUCGAGAAGGAUGCUCGCAAGAACGUCAAGACCGCCCCCGGCAAGUACAGCACCAACCUCGAGGGCGUCUUCGCUGCUGGUGACGCCCGCCGCGGUCAAUCUCUCAUUGUCUGGGGUAUCAACGAAGGUCGCCAGGCUGCUCGUGAGAUUGAUCUCUAUCUCGAGAAGUAUACCAACCUGCCUGUCACCGGUGGUAUCACCAAGCGCACUGCGCAGGAGAUUUUCAGCCAGAUCAAGGUCGAGGCUUGA